AUGCCGCGACCACAAAACGCGGGCAUCCAUCGACCGCACGGGCAUGUGUGGAUCCCCGACACGAGCUUCGUGAUCGUGCACGUGGGUUCCCCACACCGUUUUAACCCAGACAGCAGGGUGUCGGUGACGAAAGCCCAAGACCUGUAUCGAAAGACCGCACCUACGGAGCCCCUGGCAAGGCUCACGCUCACAGGCUCCGCCCUCAUCAAGCAGCGGUUACCAUCCGGGGGCGCCAUGAUCGACACGGGCAACAAGACGGUGGGCAUCAACAUUAACCACGCCUCGCGGCGAGCGCAGUUCCGCUUCACUAGAGCGUUCAUGGAUGGGCGGUUCAAAGUGGGCCUCAACCCCGUCGUGACAUACGGCGCGCUACGAAGACGGAGAGUGAACUUCAGCACCUUGGUGCCGCCGUACCGUCCAUUUCUCUCGGAGUCUGGAUUGCCGAGCAUGUCGUUACAGCAGCGGAGCGUCGUAUGGGACUGGGCCCAGGGGAUGCCAUCGAUAUCCCCCCUUAAUGGGCUGGGGGUUGCCCUUCGCCUGCAUACAGGCCGAAGGGCAUUGUUGAGCGCCACCCUGUUCGACGGCACGGACCGUUCCAGGUUGUGGUCGGUGCGGGCGGAUGUCCCCUUAGCGAAGCCGUCCAACACUUGCUUCACGGCCGAGCGCGCAUGGCAGGUGCCAACGACGAACACGGGGGCGCGAUGACGUGGCGAAUUGGGUUUGUCGCGCCG